AUGUGCAAUAUUGUCCAUGGAAAAUUAUGGCGUAAAGUUAAAGAGAAAUUUGGAGAAAAAAUUGUCAUUCCUCUCAUAAUCUACUUCGAUGAAUACGAAACAAAUAGUUCUCAAGGUUCUCAUAAUGGGGUUGAUAAGAUAGGAGCGACAUACUUUAUGUUACCCACAUUACCUCCACAUUUUCAAUCAUCAUUAAAGGACAUUUUUUUAACUUUAUUAUUCCGCGACAGUGACAGAAAAGUGCAUGGAAACAGAGCUGCUUUUAGGCCUCUUUUAAAAGAACUAAAAGAUUUAGAAGUAAAUGGAUCAUUAUUCAAUAAUGUAAGCGUUUACUUUUCUUGCAUUAUCAUUACUGGAGAUAAUUUAGGGAUUCAUCAAAUCUGUGGGUUUGUUGAAAGUUUCUCAGGGAAUCAUGUAUGUCGUUUAUGUAUGGUUGCAAAAGAGCAACUAAGAAGACGAACUGAAGAGGAUCCUGCUUUAUUGCGAAAAAUGAGCGAUUAUGAGACAGGCAUAAAAAAAUCUGACGUUUCCGUAACACGUUUAAAAGAAUAUUGUGUUUGGAAUGACGGUUUUCUUGAUUCAAUGCACGAUUUCUGGGAAGGUGUCUGUCCAUACGAUUUGAGUGCAAUGCUAUUAAAUUAUUUAGGCAUUAAACUUUUCUCGAUAGAAGAUAUCAAUGAUAGAAUAAUGGCUUUUAAUUAUGGCCCCGUAGAUAAAGGAAAUGCGGUCCCAUACUUAAAGAAAGAAAAAUUAAAACAAAAUAGACUCGGAUUUUCAGCUUCGGAAACUUUAACUUUCGUCAAAUAUCUUGGACUCAUAAUAGGAGAUUGUAUUCCAGAGAACGACGAAUAUUGGAAUUUGUACUUAAUUCUACGAAAUAUUGGUGACUUAUUAAGCUUAAGAUAUUUUAAUAGGGACUGUAUUGUACUUUUGAAAACACUGAUUACCGAACAUCACGAAGUUUACAUCAAGCUGUUUGGAGAAACUUUAAAGCCAAAGCAUUACCUACUCUUACAUUAUCCUACGAUUAUAUAUCUUAUUGGUCCAGUUAGAAAUGUUUGGUGUACAAGACCAAAGGCCAAACAUGAAGCUUCUAAGGUAACUGCUCAUUUAUCAAAUUCACGUGUUAAUUUACCAUAUACGCUUGCUCUCAAGCACCAAUUUCAGCAGUGCUACAGCUUUAUAUGCAAAGACUCCUUGAUUCAUAAGGUAGAAUAUGGACAUGAUGAAGUAAUUACUGAUAAGAAAUUGGCAAAUAUAGCCACAUUUUGGCCACUGAUUUCUAUAUAA